CCUCAAAUACUCUUCUUUUGCUCUUUCCGUAGGCUUGUGUGCCCUGAUGCCAGCCCAGCUGUCACAGCUGGGAGGCUGAAAGGAUCAGCUCUGGAGCCUCAAGCUAAGGCUAACCAGUCCCGAGCCUUAGGCUAGGGAAAUGGCUUCCGUCCAGGAGCCCCAGGACCCUCCUCCUGGGGAGGAGGAAGGACUUCGGAUUGUGAAGGUGGAGGAUUGCUCCUGGGAACAGGUUCCUGCCCAGCAGGCGGACGGCAGGGAUACGGAAGCCUGCCGCCAGCGGUUCCGUCAGUUCUGCUACCGGGAUGUGGGUGGACCGCACGAAGCCUUCAGCCAGCUCUGGGAGCUCUGCUGCCGAUGGCUGCGGCCCGAGCUGCACAGCAAGGAGCAGAUCCUGGAACUGCUGGUGUUGGAGCAGUUCCUGGCUGUGCUGCCGGGGGAGAUCCAAGCCCAGGUGCAGAGACAGAACCUUGGGAGUGGCGAGGAAGCUGUCGCUUUGGUGGAGGACUUACAGAACCAGGCACUGAAAGCCUGGCCGCAGGAUGAGACCUCUGAGGUGAAGCCUAAGGCGUCAGUCCAGGGACUCCUAGCCACGGGGCCUUCCCAGAAGGCAAGAGUGCAGAAGCAGCUGCCUUCACCCCAUGAGCAGCACAGUCAUGCCCAGCUUCCUGUUCUUAAAGAGGGACGGACAGGAGAGAUGUUGGAUGUCUGCUCUACCCCCACAGUUCACCUGCCUGGGAGACCUGAGCAUACUUCCCCAUUCCAAAACCCCGAGGCACUGGCAGACAUCCCUUUCUAUUUUUCCCGAGAAGAAUGGGGCUCCCUGGACCCUGCCCAGAGGGACCUCUUCUGGGACAUGAAGAGAGAGAAGUCCCAGAAUGCUGCCCUCGGUAUGGGACCCAAAAGCCAGGUCGAGAGAGCUCCUGCCGAGGAAGCCAUGACGGCAUUGUUGGGGCAGGCCGACUGUCAAGUGACUAUGUCCUGGAAUCCCGAAGAGGCUGAGACGGGGGUCUGGGAGAGUGAGGACCCACCAAGGACUGCCCUGGGCCGGCUGGUAGUGGCACGUCGGGGGCGACCACCCACUCGAAGGCGCCAGUUUGGGGACUUAGUGACUGAGAAGCCGCACAGCUGCGGGCAAUGUGGGAAGCGCUUCCGCUGGGGCUCAGACUUAGCCCGGCAUCAGCGCACGCACACAGGUGAGAAGCCACACAAGUGCCCUGAAUGUGACAAGCGCUUCCGUAGCUCUUCGGACCUGGUGCGCCACCAGGGCGUGCACACGGGCGAGAAGCCCUUCUCUUGUUCUGAGUGUGGCAAGAGCUUCAGCCGCAGCGCAUACCUGGCCGACCACCAGCGCAUACACACAGGCGAGAAGCCCUUCGGCUGCCCCGAGUGCGGCAAGAGCUUCUCGCUGCGUUCCUACCUGCUGGACCACCGGCGUGUACACACUGGCGAGCGGCCCUUCGGCUGUGGCGAGUGUGACAAGAGCUUCAAGCAGCGUGCACACCUCAUUGCACACCAGAGCCUGCACGCCAAGAUGGCCCAGCCUGUGGGGUGAGCCGCCAGUGGGACCUGAGCAGUCUAGC